AUGACGAUAUUGUCAUUUGACAUGCUUCUCCUCUUACUGGGAGCCACCCUUAUCGUUUCGAGCUUCACCUACGAAUGUGAUGUUACGAGUUUUCCAGAAUCACAACGGGAACUAGGACAGCAUGUGUGCAGGCUUGAGAACGAGGUCAGCGUACUCGAAGCUGCUGUACAGGAAAUUCUUCAACGAACGGACAUCACAUUGAACAGCAGUGAUGAGCCGAGCAUCGAGAAGAGAAAGAAUGAAUUUAUCAGAUUUGGCAAGCGUAGUUUGAAUGACGUUAAGAGGAAAAACGAAUUCAUUCGAUUUGGCAAGAGAAAGAAUGAAUUUAUUCGGUUUGGUCGAUCCGACCCACUGCUUUACGACGGUGCAGCAGUUGAGAAACGCAAAAACGAGUUCAUCCGCUUUGGCUGAACAUCCGCCCUAGAGAUAUGCUCUAUGUAAUAAUGCAAGUGUCGGUUAAAUAAAUUCGUGUUAGAGGUUAA